AUGACAGUUGGUGCAUCGUGUUUGUUAGCUGUGUACGGUAUCCUGAAAUACAGAUAUUACAUGGCUCUCUUGUCCAUUGUCAUUAUUUUAAGUUUGGUUAUAGUCUCCCUCUCUUAUUUAGCAAUUCGAACAAAACUCACACAUCAAGGCCCGGCUAUCAAUACUGGACAUAACAGACAGGAUAAUGAACGAAACGCAAAGCUUUCUAGAACUUUGUUUAUUGUCAUAGGUGCGUCAGUCAUUUUCUGGUUUCCAGGCCUUGUAGUUUACUUAAUCUCUUUAUUUUUCACUCCCGGUCAACAUUCUACCAUUUUUAUCUUCCUGUUUAGCACAAUGUUACACGUAACCAAUUCCCUCGUGAACCCAGUUAUUUAUAGUUUAAGGAUGCCAGUCUUUAGAGAAGCUUUUAAGCGAGUAAAAAAGAAGGUAAGAAUUCGAAGGCAACACAAAACCUACACAGUUUAUUAUAAAUCAUCUAAAGUGGAAACAUAAUUGUUAUGAUUCGGGCGGAAAAGUAAAACAGUUUUACCUACGUCUCCUUACUUGCUCCUUGAACUGUGCGUUCAGCAUUUAAAUAAAGUCAAAGAUAGCAUAAUAUUUAGCAUGGCAUUAUAGUCUUCUUACUACACUGUAUUUGAAAAUCUACUGAAAAUAGCUGCGUACCUAGAUAGAUUUUGUCUGUGGUAUUAUAAUCAAACAUUAUUGUACUCCAAACUUGUCAAUAGACUAACAUAAAUCCUGAAGUGAUAAACUUCGUUAUAAGUUUAUGACAAGGUAGUUUUCGCUGAAUUUUAAUCUUUUACUCCAUCAAUAUCUGACUUAAUUAAAAGAUCGAAUUAUCUUGGCCGGUGUUUUUUUAAUAGAGCAAACGAAAUUAAUUCACAGUUUGUCUUAUAUUUUAGCAUUCGCUGCAAAAACUACAAUAGAAAAGUAUUAAUGAUGUUAUGUAAAUAUAGUGUUAAGGUUCAUAGACGAAAUAGUUGUUUUCUUUACAGAGUCUCUUUUUAGCUAUGAUCUUUUAAAAUCCACACUGAAAUCCAAAAUUUAAAGCCUUUGUGGAGAAACACCUCCCAACUAAUUUAUGUGUAAACCGGAAUAAUCCCCCUUUAUCUAAUAAGACUUAAUGAUAAUAUUCCGAAAAUCAAAUAUUGCUCAAAUGUUAUUUAUAUGAUAAACAGCUUCCACUUCAGAGGGCUUUCUGUUAAUGAGGCUUCCGUUUUAGAAAAACCAUUGCUGGGGCAAUGACUUAAACAGAAACCCAGCGUGAAAAAAGGAGCACUUCUGAAGAAAAAGAUCCUUUCCUUUUUAAUGUAAAAAGGACAUUAUUCCUUAUAUAUUAAACAUGUAGAAGUUUUUAACUUCUUUUACUUUUUUUAAGUUCUUCUACUUUAUCAUAACCUCGCAUUAACACAAUUAUCUUCAGUCUCCUCUAAACCUGGGUCAUGUAUGCUCAGUUUAAACUCCAAAACAACUUCUCCUCUGGAUAGCAACAACAAUAGCUUUUUUUCCAUCGCGAACAAAUCUUUCAGACUUCAGACUACAAUUUUCUUCGAGAGCGAAAUGCGCAUGUUCUCACACCCCACCCCCGGGUAGGGUCGUCACAUUGCAAGUGUAGUUUCAAAGGGGGUCGAGACGAUCUACCGCUUCGGGUUCGGGCCCGAACAAUUCAAAAACUUUACUCUGCUAAUGAUUAAUUUUAACUCGUUUGAAUAUUAUACAAGCCUUAAAAAGGUUUUUUCACCCUAACUGCACAUUUUACCUUUUCAUGUCAUUUUUAUCAAAUUAAAUAUCGGAGCAUAAAAUGAAGUAAAUAGUCUCUUAUUAUUCAGUCUUUUAAAAGCUGUUUCAGUAAAAGCUACAUUCUUAAUAUGACCGUACCUUAUUUAACUUCAACCGAGGUAGCGAAAACAAAAAUAAUUAUUUCCAAAGUUCCAUUAUUAAAAAACUGGUUAAAUGUCUAGUGAAUAUUAUGUUCAGGUCGAGCUUAUCCUCAACAGAGUUAAAACAAUAUUCUGUUCCGUCUGCUUGUACAGCAAAAUUCCUACCGAACCGUUUUUGUCGCUACUUCACUGUACGUCGUCAUUCUCUUUGGGAAUACUUUUACUGUAUAUGUUUUCUGGAUUCAUCGCCACAAAAAACGCGAACGUUUCUUCUUGUUAUUAACUUGACUCUUGCAGAUCUAUCGGUUGGGUUCACUGGAAAACGCAUGGUACUAGGAACGACAUACUGGACUAAACAAAGUCCCUUACCAAAAAAUUUCCGAGAUCUUUCUUUCCGCGUUUGUGACCGUAUCCUUGUAUUUUUUGCUUUGAUUUGGCCGCUAUCGAGUAGAAGUAGUUGGUUACUUGGUAACUCGGUCCUAAUUUAUUUCUCUUUGAUCACGAUCUGUAUGUCGUACGUAUCAAUCCGGAAAAAGGAUUAACAACAGAAAUCCAGCUAUCGAGGUAAUACACAACAGGCAAACUGUGGAACAAAAUGCAAAACUCUCCAAAACCUUUUUCAUUGUCAUAGUUGCGUCUGUUGCUUUAUGUGCUUCGAGCGCCACAUUGCACAGUGUAAAUGCAUUGUGUCCAAGUUUGCUUCCUUGGUUUAUGAAUUGUACUUCCUUGAUGCUGAAUCAUCUUUUCAAUUUAUAGUUACAGAAUACCAGUAUUCAGAAAAUCCAGAACAAAAAACAGAUUAAAAAUAAAAUGAAAGUUCUCAAGCGAUCGAAAAGAUAUACAGUGAGCGUUGAAACCCAAACGAUGAUUCCAAUCAAGACGCCGCCAUUGCAGCAAUGAAAGCGUGCCUCUGUGACAUCCGUAGCUGGAUGAUCAAUGACAAACUCAUCAUCAAUGAUUCCAAGACAGAGUUUAUGCUCAUUGGGACGAAGGCGCAGCUACAGAAAACUAAAAGCGCUACUCUAACUAUUGGCGAAUCCAUCAUCUCUCCCAGCAUGGAACCCCUUAGAAAUUUAGGGGCCUGGUUCGACUGCCAUUUCAACCUGAACUUUAACAUAACCAAAACUUGUAGGAGUGCUUUUUUCAUCUACACAAUAUUAGACGCGUCAGAAAAUAUCUAAGCAUAAAAUCUGCCGAGAAAUUAGUCCACGCUUUCAUCACAAGCAGAUUGGACUAUUGUAACUCACUUUUACACGGACUAGCCCGCUGCGCCCUCACUAAACUGUAGCGUGUUCAAAACGCAGCUGCAAGAGUUCGAUAUCUAGCACCACGGUAUUGCCAUAUCACACCAAUAUUAUACGAAUUACACUGGCUGCCUGUAACUUAAGAUUACUAUAAUCACUUCCAAAGCAAUCCAUGGAACAGCUCCUAAUUAUUUAUCAUCUCUCGUUAACUUUAAACCUAAUUCUUCCUACAGCCUCAGAUCAAAUAACAAAUAUCUGCUUUCAAAUCCAAAUUUCAGGACUUUCCCUACUCUUGGUGACCAAGCCUUUGUAGCCACCGCACCAAAGGUGCGGAAUAAUCUUCCGUUAGAUCUUAGACGCACCUCCGAUUUUCAAGACUCACCUUUUUAAGAAAGCCUUUUCUGAUAUAAUGUUGUAAUUUAUAGACUAGAUAAUUAUUCAUUCGUGUAAUUUUUAAUUGUAAGGCGCAUUUGAAAACUGUGUAGUUGAAUUUGCGCGGUAUAAAUAAAUGUUAUUAUUAUUAUUAUUAUUAUUAUUAUUAUUAUUAUUGAUGCUAAACUAAUAAAGGUAUGCUACUUCUUGCAUGACACAACUGACAGAAUCAUAGUCUUCCUUGCAAGGAACAACAAGGUUGUGAUUGCAUAUUGAAGUAAUAACCCAUCGUAUCGAUUGUUUAUCGCUAGCAUCUUCCAAAUAUGGUCAGCGACAACCAGGGAGGGGUUCAAACCAAUCAGAAACGACAGAAUACCAGCUUUGAAUGAAUAAUGAAUUUCUGUCAUAUAAUCGAUGCACACCUGCCUUAAUAACAUCCUGGCACAAAUCUGCAAUAUUUUUCACUGCAUUAUUUUACUAAAGAUAAGCUACCUCGCCAUCGAGAGGGUCGACCUUAACAUUUUACUGUGACAAGUCUGAAAUGUCUAAAGCCCCUGAGAUUGCAGUGUUGGGGGUUGCAAUUUUCCACGGUUUUUGCAUCUUUCUUGGCAAUUUUUUCACAGUCUUUGUAUUUUGUAUUCAUCGAGAUAAAUUGAAGCGAACGUCUUUUCUCCUAAUCAACUUGGCAGCGGCAGAUAUGCUUGUUGGACUCACUGAAAUAGCUAUGGUCGGAGUGAUUGGCCUUCCACAAAUGACUGGGCUACGCAAAAUUGGCAAUACAGAUUCACCUGAUAUUUCAACUGUUUUUCAAGCAGCAUUUUCGACAGCAUCUGUACUUUUUCUCGCUCUCAUUUCACUGGAACGAGCCUUCGCUUUUCUGUGGCCUCUUCGACAUCGUGUAACAAGCACCAGUACUUACAUCUACAGUAUUGUACUCGUAUGGAUAGCUGCAUCUACAGUGGGUGCAUCGUGUUUGUUAGUUGUUCAUGGAACCUUGAAAUAUAAAUUUUACAUGGCCUUCCUAUCCAUUGUCAUCAUUUUUUGUUUGAUAACAGUUUCCCUGUCUUACUUAGCAAUCCGAACAAGACUUACUCAACAAGUUCCAGCUAUCGACAACGCACAUAACAGACAGGAUAAUGAACGAAACAAGAAGCUUUCCAGAACUUUGUUUAUUGUCAUAGGUUCAUCUGUCGUUCUCUGGGUUCCAGGCCUUGUCGUUUAUUAUAUUACCUUUUUUUCUUCCGGUCAACAAUCUUUGAUUUUCACCUAUUUAUUUACAAUGUUACACAUAACAAAUUCUCUCGUGAAUCCCAUUAUUUAUAGUUUAAGGAUGCCAGUCUUUAAAGAAAAUUUCAAACGAAUUAAAAAUCUGGUGAGAAUCCAAAAGCAACAC